AAAGCGCAGAGGUUGUCUCAUAGGAAUAGAAGAUCUCUGAUUUGAUUGAAUACAGUGACGUCAUCUUUCAGCGAUAAAGCGACAGUACUCUCGUAGCAUGUUAUGCUAACCGACAAUUCAAACGAGGAGUAGAUUUUGGUUAAAGAUAAUAUGUCACUAUAUGAUGAUCUGGGGGUCGCGACCAGCGACACUAAAACAGAAGGAUGGUCGAAAAACUUCAAACUCCUUCAGUCUCAGCUGAAAGUGAAGAAAGCUGCUUUGACUCAAGCAAAGACUCAAAGGACGCGGCAGUCUACUGUUCUGGCUCCGGUUGUUGAUCUGAAGAGAGGAAGUUCUGGAGAUGACAGACAGAUCUCUGAUACACCUCCACACAUUGCUGCAGGCAUGAAGGACCCUGUGUCAGGUGGCUUUUCGUCUGGAGAUGUGCUGAUCCCUUUGGCUGAUGAGUAUGACCCCAUGUUUCCCAAUGACUACGAGAAAGUAAUGAAGAGACACAGAGAAGAACGACAGAGGCAGAGAGAGCUGGAGCGACAGAAAGAGAUAGAAGAGAGAGAGAAGAAACGUAAAGAGAGGCAUGAAGGAGGAGGGGGAGCUCCCAGCGGAUUUUCACGUUUCCCAACUGAAGGCGAAUCAGAUGAGGAGGAAGAGUAUGAGAGAGAGAAGAGGAAGAGGAGUAUGGGUGGAGCUGCCAUUGCCCCUCCGACAUCACUAGUGGAGCGAGACUCAUCAUACCCGUAUGACGAAGACGGUCGGCAGAGGUCAAAAGCAGCAAUCCCACCUCCUGUGUUUGAGGACUCUGAUAGACCACGAUCUCCCCCGGGACCCACUAAUUCAUUUCUGGCCAACAUGGGUGGUACGGUGGCUCAUAAAAUCAUGCAGAAAUAUGGAUUCCGGGAAGGGCAGGGUCUGGGGAAACAUGAGCAGGGCUUGAGCACAGCACUGUCAGUGGAGAAAACCAGCAAACGCGGGGGCAAGAUUAUUAUUGGAGACUCGGCAGAAAAGACGUCAGGAUCCAAUCAGAAUGUGGCAGAUACACAUGGGGCAUCAGCGGAUUCUUCAAAGAAAAAUGAGGCCAACCCUCUUACAGAGAUUCUCAAAUGUCCUACGAAGGUGGUGUUACUGCGGAAUAUGGUUGGAAGAGGAGAGGUUGACGAAGACCUGGAAGCCGAGACUAAAGAAGAGUGUGAGAAAUACGGCAAAGUGGUCAAAUGUGUGAUCUUUGAGAUCUCAGGUGUGUCUGAUGAAGAGGCUGUUCGCAUUUUUCUGGAGUUUGAGCGGGUUGAAUCAGCCAUAAAAGCUGUGGUGGAUCUGAACGGACGGUACUUUGGAGGUCGGGUGGUGAAGGCCUGCUUUUAUAACUUAGAUCGUUUCCGUGUUUUAAAUCUGGGAGAUCAGGUGUGAGUGGGGAAUCCAGACCUGCACAACCAGGGAAAAAAAGCACCUGGAGGGAAUAAUUAAUCUGUCUGUAUAUAUCCCCUUGUAAAACAUUAGCUUAUAUACUCUGUCCCACAGUAUGGUUUGUAAUGAGGAUUUAAUUUGAUCUCUCAUAUGUUUAUUUUUUAUUUUUUUCAUGAUUUUAGACUGUCUCACAUCAGUAAAAAAAAAGAUAAUUUUUGUCCUUGUGAAAGACCCCAAAAAUAAACAAUGUUAUUGGGAAAGUAA